CCGCGGCCCAUCUUGGCUCCUCGCGGGGAGGGGGGAGGCGGCUGUGUAGCCGGCACCAUGGACGAGGCCUACGACGUGAUCGUGCUGGGCACCGGCUUGACCGAAUGUAUCCUUUCGGGUAUCAUGUCUGUGAAUGGCAAGAAGGUGUUGCACAUGGACCGGAAUCCAUAUUAUGGGGGUGAGAGCUCAUCGAUUACUCCCCUGGAGGAGCUUUACAAACGCUUCGAAAUUACAGAGGGGCCCCCUGAGUGCAUGGGGCGUGGCCGGGACUGGAAUGUUGAUCUUAUCCCCAAAUUCCUCAUGGCCAAUGGACAGCUUGUGAAGAUGCUACUAUAUACAGAGGUGACACGCUACCUAGAUUUCAAAGUGGUGGAGGGCAGCUUUGUCUACAAGGCAGGAAAGAUUUACAAAGUGCCAUCGACAGAGACAGAAGCACUGUCUUCCAAUCUCAUGGGCAUGUUUGAGAAACGACGCUUCCGCAAGUUCUUGGUGUUUGUGGCAAACUUUGAUGAGAAUGAUUCAAAGACCUUGGAGGGAGUGGAUCCUCACGUCACUACCAUGCGCGAAGUAUACCGACGCUUUGACCUUGGUCAGGAUGUCAUCGAUUUCACAGGACAUGCAUUGGCUCUCUACCGCACUGAUGACUACUUGGAUCAGCCUUGCUUGGAAACCAUCAAUCGCAUAAAACUGUACAGUGAAUCCCUGGCCCGCUAUGGGAAAAGCCCCUAUCUCUACCCACUGUACGGCCUGGGUGAGCUUCCCCAGGGCUUUGCCAGGCUCAGCGCUAUCUAUGGUGGCACCUACAUGCUCAACAAACCAGUGGAUGAGAUUGUCAUGGAAGGUGGCAAGGUCAUUGGAGUCAAAUCGGAAGGAGAGGUGGCACGCUGCAAACAGUUGAUCUGUGAUCCCAGCUAUGUGCCAGAUCGAGUGCGCCCAGCAGGGAAGGUUGUGCGCGUCAUCUGUAUUCUGAGUCACCCCAUCCGUGGCACCAGCGAUGCUAAUUCCUGUCAAAUUAUCAUUCCCCAAAAUCAAGUGGGACGGAAAUCUGAUAUCUAUGUCUGUCUCAUUUCCUCUGCCCACAAUGUGGCUGCCCAGGGCAAGUACAUUGCUAUUGCCAGCACUACUGUAGAGACAGACUCUCCUGAGAAUGAAGUGCAACCAGCUCUUGAACUGCUUGAACCCAUUGACCAAAAGUUUGUGGCCAUCAGUGAUAUAUAUGAACCCACUGAUGAUGGAACUGAAAGUCAGAUAUUCUGUUCGCGGUCAUAUGAUGCCACCACCCACUUUGAGACAACAUGUGAUGACAUCAAAGACAUUUACCGGCGCAUGGCUGGGGCUCCAUUUGAUUUUGAAAGCAUGAAACGGCGCCAGAAUGAUGUCUUUGGCGAGAAUGAGCAGUGACCAUUUCCUUUCCUU